UUUAAAAAAUGAUUCCCGUGAUGGAAAUAGUGAUGCCUCAGCAGAGCUCAGGAAAUGUUCCCGCAUUUCUUGCAAAGCUUUGGAAAAUUGUAGAUAAUCCAGAAACAGAUUUGCUAAUUAGUUGGACUGAUGAGGGUUCAUCGUUUAUAAUCAAAAACCAGGCUGCGUUUGCACGUGACCUACUUCCGUAUUAUUACAAGCACUCCAAUAUGGCAUCUUUUGUCAGGCAACUGAACAUGUACGGAUUUCAUAAAGUGUUAAGCGUGGAUUCUGGAGGAUUAAAGGGAGAGAAGGAGGAAAUGGAGUUCGCCCACCUUUAUUUUCUUCGUGGACAGGAGCAUCUUCUUUCAGAGAUCAAGAGGAAGGUUUCCAUUGGACAUACUAAACCUACUCAUAUUUUGCCUACUAUCAGAAAUGACAAGGUACUCCCUCAAUACUAAACCUACUCCUAUUAU